AUGGAACCACACCUCGCAUACAUAGAAGACAUGCUGGCCCUCUGCAGCCACAUGGCAGAAGGUGACAAGAUCUAUAGAGCAAAGGACUUUCUCAUGUAUGAUUAUGGGAGCUCCGAGAAUAAGAAACGCUACGGACAGGUUAAAACUCCCGCUUACGACGUGGAUCGCGUGAAAGCCAAGGUCGCACUGUUUUCUUCAGAGGGAGACACCGUCGCUGAUCCCGAAGACGUAUCUCUCCUUGUUGAAAGGCUUGGCUCCAACUUGCUCUUCCACCACGUGGUGGAACCCACAUACUUUCGUCAUCUAGACUUCUGUUGGGGCUACAGAGCGAAUGAUAUCGUGCACAACAUGAUGCUUGACACUCUCGAAAAGUACUCCGGCACAAGCACUUGACCAGUGCAGCAAUA